AUGCCUUUCGAGCUUCCCGAACUGUACAUCAACCCCCAGUUCUCCUGGGGUCCUCCCGAGGAGGAGAUGCAGCUGGACGACGGCUCCCCAUUCGAGCUCUACUCCAAGGCGGACCCGCUGGAGGCGCUAGACUGGUUUACCUACAAGAGAGAGGCGGAUGUGAGCGACAGCAAUAGCGAUGGCGAGGUGGUGGCGACCAACAAGCGCAAGGCAUUCAAGCAGGUCGAGGACAACGCCCGUCUCAACGCUCUGCGCACGGAGCGCGAGAAGACAGUCAUGUUCAACCCGCGCAACAACGGCCCGCACAACGCAAAGGCGGUGGCUGGCAAGAAGGGUAAGGACAACCGCAACACCAACCAGCGCCGCAACCGCCGCAAGGUGACGGAGCUGGCGAACACCUACAACGCCUCGGCGAUGGCAGUAGUGCAGCACGUGAUGAAGCAAACAGACAUGACGAAGCUCCGCAUGACCGCGCUGCCGAAGGUAAUUGAAGUCGGCCUCUACGGUACCCCACCGAUCUACAACACCGGCAUCGAGGCGGCCACGUGUGCCCGCCCGCUACCGCUCGACGAGUCCAAGUACGAGGAGGACUACUUCAUGCGUGGCCUCACCACGGAGGAUCCGGAGCUGCGCAAGAUCAUGGGCGAGGUGCAGCGCCACCCGCUCGUGGUCGUCACGGAUGAAAUUCUGUCGCUGCUGAUGGUGUGCACCCGCUCCUCUUACCCAUGGCACAUACGCGUGCUCAACUACAACAACAUCUGGAUCCUCGUCAAAGGCGAGGACAGCAACAUCGACAAGCAGUGGGUGAGCGAGACGGCUGGGCAUGAGAUCCGGCCGUCCGAGGGCGCCGACAACCGCGCCGAGCGCAUUUCUUCUCUGGGCGAGGAGUCGACAAAGGUGUACAACUGCUUUGCGCGUGCAGCGUGCGCGAAGAGCUUUGCACAAGUCAAGACGAGCCGCAGUCCCUUCACCCGUAAGCAGCCGCGCAUGUACAGCUACCGCCGCUACAUCCUGCACGACGGCACACCGGACCGCUACGACAUCGUGGUGCGUUGCGAAGUGGAUGCACUGAUGCCGCGCACGAACGACCGAAUCCGCUGCUUCGCGCUGCUGGAACAGUGUGUCGUGAGCGAGAAGGACUCCUCGUGGCGCCGCGAGGGACUUCUGAAGAACGCUGCCUCUUUCCUGCCCAUCGAGUACGCGCACAACGGCUGCAAGAUCGCGCGCUGGACGGCGCUGUCGCUGCUGUCGGACGCGAAGCUGAUGAAGAUCGGCUUCGUGUCGUGCGAGGAGAAAAUGGAGAAGGGACAGCGCGUGUUCGAUCAUAAGCAGCACGAGGUGCUCUCCGUGCAGACCUACUCGCCCGCGUCGCUUGCCACGCAGUUCGGUAUUGACGUGUCGAACAUGUGGGCCAUUGUGGACUACAUCAUGCGCCCCUUCAUCGAGGGUCACUCGAUCUGCCCAUCGAUCCUCAUGAAGCCCGGUGACAAGUCCGAGCUGAUCGUCGUCGAGGAGGAGGACGACGAUGAUGACAGCGACGAGGAUGACUCGGAGGAGGACGGCGACGACGGUGAUGACAAGGAAGACGAGUAG